AUGGAGCAGCGCAGGGAGCAGCGGGAGUCCAGCCGGAGGGUUUUCGCCAGCAGCGGGAGCAGCAGGAUAAAGCAGCAGAAAUGGGACACCGCUUCCCAGGGAGGGCAGGACCUCCAAUCAGCAUCUGCUGCGUUAGAAACCAACAAAUCUGCCUCCAGUCAUUCAUUGAUCAGCCGGACUGCUGCAUCGCAUCUGAUAUCCUCAAGUACAGAGAGGACCGCAAAUGCCUCAUGGACACUCAGCUCUGAUCAAUCAUCAGCUAACAUAGCACCAUCUGAUUUGCCAUCAUCUGGCCAAUCUCCGACCAGCUCACUACCGUUACCAUCAAACCAAUCAUCAUCUGGUUCAGCAUUACCAGGAAACACAGGAGUCUUUCCACCGGAGCCUCCAGUCAAUAUUUCACUGCUCACCAGGCAGGCGAAGGAAGCUCUGAAGUCAUCGAACCGUAGGAUUCCAGGGGAGCCGUGUGGGUUUCCCUGCCUGAACGGAGGACAGUGCAUUCAGUCACAGUCAUGUGACUGCAGCUUGUUUCAGGCCACUGGUCACAGAUGUCAGACAGUUCCAAAUCCUGGUUUUGAGAGGGAGAUGACGUGUAGAUCUUGGGGUCAGUACAACUUCGAGACCUUCGACGGCCUCUAUUACUACCUCCCAGGCCGAUGCACGUACACUUUACUGAGGGACUGUGAGGAAACCACCCAGGCCAGCAUCGUUGUCCAGGUACACAAUGACCCCGGCUGUGGCUCCGCCCCUUACACCUGCCAACGAUCCAUCAGUGUUUUCCUGCCGUGGGAGGGCGAAGUCCGACUGCAUGCCACUAAUGUGACCUUUAAGGGUCAAAGCUUGCAGUUGCCUCAUCACAUCCAUGACCUGCAGGUGGAGCGGAUCUCACAGUACGUCCUAGUAACGCAGCAGCAUGGCUUCACGCUGGCCUGGGAGGGCCGCAGCGGCUCAGUCUACAUCAAACUCAGCCCAGAGUUUGUGGGCAGAACCUGUGGCCUGUGUGGGAACUUCAAUGCUGAUGUCCAGGAUGACCUGAAAACCAGCUACGGUGUGCUGACUCAUGAAAUAGAAAUGUUUGGGAACAGCUGGGUUGAAGCCGACCCACACCAGGAGAGAUGUCCCAUGGUCCCCUCUGGUUUCCCUUCACCCUGUGCUGCAGUUGAGGCUCACGUUCUGUUGAAAGUAGAGGAAGUGUGUGCAAUGCUGCUGGAUCCACCAUUUCAGAGCUGCCAUGACUUUGUCAGCCCACUGUCCUACAUGGCCAGCUGCUCCAACGACCUCUGCAUGUCGGGUCCCAGCGGUGAUGUGGUAUGCCAGGUGUUCAGUGAGUAUGCCCGGGCCUGUGCCCAUGCUGACCACCCACUGCACGACUGGAGGCAGCACAUUCCUCAGUGUGUGAAGCAGUGCCCUUUGGGACUGCAGUACAGGGAAUGCAUCAGCUGCUGCCCCGAAUCCUGCAACCUGGAGCGAACCUGCAUCGACAGCAAGCUGGCCUGCCUGGACGGAUGCUACUGUCCUGAUGGUCUGAUUUAUGAAGAUGGAAGCUGCGUGGCGCCCUCCGACUGUCCCUGUGAGUACCACGGCAUGUUUUAUCCAUCCGGACAGACCCUGCAAGAAGAGUGCAACAACUGCACAUGCGUGGGUGGAGUGUGGAACUGUACUGACUACAGCUGCCCAGGCGAAUGCUCGGUGACGGGCGACAUGUAUUUUCAGUCCUUUGACGGCCGGAUCUACACCUUCCCUGCGACUUGUCAGUACGUCCUCGCCAAAAGCCGAAACUCAGGGAAGUUCACCGUCACGAUCCAGAACACCCCCUGUGGAGCUAAUUUGGACGGGGCUUGCAUCCAGUCAGUUAACCUGGUCAUUGACGAGGAUCCCAGAACGGAGAUUACACUGAGUCACAUCGGAGAGGUCUUCAUGGCCGGACAGUACCGCAUCUCGCUGCCCUAUUCUGACGACGUUUUUCACAUCCAGGAGCUGUCGUCCAUGUUCCUCCAAGUGAGGACGACGUUCGGCCUGCGUCUGCAGUACAGCUGGAAGGACUUCCGCCUCUACCUGCAGGCCGACGAGCCGUGGAAGGACGACACUGUGGGGCUGUGCGGCACCUUCAACGGCAACAUUCAGGACGACUUCCUGUCUCCCUCAGGAAUGAUAGAAAGCACCCCUCAGCUGUUUGGAAAUGCCUGGAGGGUCUCGUCAGCCUGUUCGAUCAGCCUGAGCACGCCUCAGCUGGACCCCUGUGAUACGCACCAGCAGGCCGUGACCUACGCCUCUGAGAUGUGUGACGUGUUGAAUCAGGAUCUGUUCUCCGCCUGUCACGAGUACCUGAGUCCGACCCCUUUCUACCAGCAGUGUCGCUCGGACACCUGUAAGUGCGGGACGCCCUGCCUCUGCUCGGCGCUGGCCCACUACGCUCGCCACUGCCGUCGCUUCUCCAUCAUCGUUGACUUUCGAUCGCACGUCUCCGACUGUGCCGUCACCUGUCCCGCCACCAUGCAGUACGGCACCUGCGUGUCGUCCUGCCAGCGGCGGUGCUCCUCCCUCUCCGUCCCGCAGCACUGCGGCGAGGAGUGCGAGGAGGGCUGCGUCUGUCCUCAGGGCUCCUUCUACAACCACCGGACACACGUCUGCGUGCACAGGAGCGAGUGUCCUUGCAGUUUCCUUGGAAGCGAUUAUGAACCAGAAGAUGUGAUCAUGACUUCAGCAGGUGUUCAAAUUUGUCUGAAUGGAAAACUGGUGUCCCAAACCGCAGACACUGACAGGUUAUGUCCAGUUGGUCAGCUCUACCAGAACUGCUCGGAGGGGGACGCCGACCUCCUGGCAGGAAGGGGCGUGGCCUGUGAGCGAACCUGUGAGUCCUACCUGCUCAACCUCACCUGCUCAGCCCACGAGCAGUGCGUGGCCGGAUGCACCUGCCCUCCAGGCCUUCUAAAACAUGGAGAUGAGUGCUUUGAACCUGCAGCCUGUCCCUGCCUGUGGAAAGGGAAGGAGUAUUUCCCCGGUGACAGAGUCUCCUCCCCGUGCCACCAGUGUGUUUGCCAGCACGGGACGUUUCAGUGCGUGUUCCGCCCGUGUCCGUCCAUGUGCACGGCUUACGGCGAUCGCCACUACAGGACGUUCGACGGACUGCUGUUUGACUACGUUGGAGCCUGCAAAGUCUACCUUGUAAAGAGCAGCGCUGAUGUGAUGCUCAGUGUUACAGCUGAGAACGUCGACUGUUUCGACAGCGGAGUCAUCUGCAGGAAGUCACUGCUGAUCAACAUCGGAAGAUCCUUCAUAGCGUUCGACGACGACACCGGGAAGCCGAAUCCGUCCAGCGUCAUCGACAGGAAGCAGAGGAUGUUCAUCUGGCCGGCGGGAUACUUCACAGUUAUUCAGUUCCCGAAGGAAGAAGUCACCGUCCUCUGGGAUCGGAAAACCACCGUCCACAUCCAGGUUGGACCGCGCUGGCAGGGGAAGUUAAGCGGUCUGUGUGGGAACUUUGACCUGAAGACUGUGAAUGAGAUGCGGACCCCUGACAACAUCGACUCCCCGACACCACAAGAGUUUGGAAACAGCUGGACUGCAACAGAGUGUGUGAACAGUCCAGAUAUCAGACACCCCUGCAGCCUCAGUCCGCUCAGAGAGCCUUUUGCAAAGCGCCAGUGUGCAGUUCUGCUCAGUGAGGUCUUUCAGGCCUGCCAUCCAGUGGUGGACGUCACCUGGUUCUACAUGAACUGCCUGGCAGACACGUGCGCCUGCAGUCGUGGAGGCGACUGUGAGUGUUUCUGCACCAGCGUGGCGGCGUACGCACAGCGCUGCUGCCACCAGGGGGUUCCUGUCGACUGGCGUGCCCCCUCCCUGUGUCCAUAUGAUUGUGAAUUCUACAACAAAGUCCUGGGUAAAGGUCCCUUCAGGCUCUUCACCUUCAGGGACAGGACGACGUCGCUGGCAGCUGAAAGGUCCAGCGGCUCCGUGUUCCUGCUGCGAGGCAACGUCAGCUCAACCACCGCCGCUGACAUCCUGUCACAGUUCAUGAUGACUCCCGGCCUCAGCAGAGCUCGACCACAUGACACAUCGCGGGUUUCCUUCGAGGCCGCCGACAGGCCAAACUAUUUCCUGUUUGCGAGCCGCGGCGGCCAGGUGAGGUUGGCCAAGUGGGAGGACAGCAAUGCAUUCUGGGAUGGAGCCACGUUCGUCCUCCACAGGAACACCUGGAUCCCCGGCUACGACUCGCUGGAGUCCCACGCAAAGCCCGGCUUCUUCCUGCACGGCGCACCGCCUCGCCUUCUCCUGCUGAAGUACAGGCACACCGACAGCUUCCGCAAGGCCACGCUGUUCAGACUGACAGGCCCCGGGCCAGACACUCCAGCGCGUCCUCAGUGUCAGUGGAGGUACGACUCCUGCGUUAGCCCCUGCUUCAAGACCUGCAGCGACCCCUCAGCUGAGGCCUGCGUCACCAUCCCACAAGUGGAGGGCUGCCUUCCUGUCUGCCCCCCUCACAUGGUCCUGGAUGAAGUCACCCGACGAUGUGUUUACGUGGAAGAUUGUAUCAAAGCUCCAGCUGUUGUUCACCCCGGAACGUCGACCGCUGUUCAGCCGACCCCUGCAGCUGUCACUUCAGCCACCACCGCGAACACCACUGCCUCCUCUACGCCUUUCAAACCCAUCAUUUCCCCCACCACACCCUCUACACCUGCACACGCUUCCUCCACGCCUAAAACCACCACCACAGCUCCAGCUGUGAGUGUCCAGACCAGCUCAUCCUCCCCUGCCGAGCCAACCCGUCCUGCCUCUACCUCUUCUACAGCUUUUACACUUUCCAGUACAGCAGGAUCGCCAUCUCCUCCCAUAGUGCCCCCUCCUUUGAGACCAGAGGUGGUGGAGCCUCUGCCUACUGUCAGAGUGACAGAGGCCCCGCCCACAAUCAUUACUGAUACAACAACAACAACAACAACGACAACAACUGGGUCACUGAGCUCUGCUGUCAGUCCAUUUGAUGAAGCCACCUCUGGGACGAGCGCCGCUCCCUACGCCAUUACCGCUCUGCUCUGGCUCACCUCCACCAAAACAGUCACAGAGUCUAUCCAACCGCUCCCCAGAACCUCGGCUGCAACCCUGCAAUCAACCACCACGCCCACAGGGACAUCAGCUGCUGUUGAGGGGCCGACCACAAUCAGGACUGCUUCUGUCGUGCACCCGUCAGAGGAGACAACGGAAACCACGACUCGAUCCGCAGUGGUUCCUCCAGUUGUCACAUCCUCCAGGCAAAGUCCUGCUCCAGAGACUUCCACCAUUACAGACAAGACUUCUGUUUCAUCGACAGACACCACCACAAAGGCAGCAACGACUGAGAGAAUACCCGCAACAGAAGAACCACUGCCUCCUGGUUUACCAAGCACAGCCUCCACCACAGCUCUACCUCCCCAAACCUCACCUUCUGUUGAAACUGGAACCGUAUCCCUGCCAGCAGUCACUUCCCACAGACUGACACAGUCGGUCACUCCAGUUGCACCUUUUACUACCAGUAAGACGACGCCACGCAUGAGCCUAGAAACAUCAGCACCGGGUACCACAGCUGGAAUUUUACACCCCAUCUCUACUGAUAAGACAACUUCCUCAGCCAGAGUUUCUGAGUUACCAGUUACAACUCUUUAUCACGUUUCACCGACAUCUGCUGCGCCAUCUCUCCUCACCUCGGCUACGACAGACUGGGGAACCACGACAGAGAAAGUGACCACACCUGAAUUCUCAACAUCUAAAAUACCCGUGGCUACGACAACAACAGCUGCACCUCCUCCCUCAAAGAUUACAGAUACUCCAACAUCUCCAGUGUCGACCGCCUAUAGUGAGAAAACUUCCUGGUCUGCAUCAGUGACAGAGAGAACCACCACCAGUACCACAGUCGCAAUGAAAAUACCUUCAGACACUGUAGAGACAACCACCUUAUCCACAGGUCCUCUGGUGACAGAGGAAGCCACGUUGCCUUCAAUCCCUCAAACACAAACAGCUGUUGUACCAACGUCAGUGAAAACGGAGAGUUCAGUCCAUCCAGUUUCUACUGAACGUACCUCUGAGCCGUGGCGUCCGCCCCACUGGGAGACCUCCUCCACCCCUGUUUACAGACACACAGUGAGGACGACCCCAGAGGUCACAUCUGAAGGUGUAGGGCAUGCGGUCACCACUACUGAAACCACACACAUCCCUCAUAUUUCAGUCACUUCUAUCACUUCUGCAACAUCAGCAGCUUCCUCAUCCACCACCACUCAAACUACAACACCUGAAACCUCUACUGUAGAAAUUGUCCCCACCACCACCGUAAAGCUGCUUACACCUCCACUUCAACCUGAGGCUGGCACUCCCGAGACCCACCUCACCACGACUCAUUCCAGAGCGCCACCUGCUGUCGUCACCACCACUCUCAGGCCGGUCGUCAUUCAGCCGGUUACAGAAACGACUCAGCCGGUGACGGGUAGAGUGCAGGCAACCACCAGAGCAACAACCACGCCACCCACGUCAUGGUCCCCUCACCACAAGACCACCUCUGUGGCUGUCCCCAGGACGACGGCGGUCUCUGACAGAGUCACCACACGGCUGGUGUCCACCUCCAGGCCUACGCCUGAUUUAUCAACCGUGACUGUCACACGCACGUCGCCCCCCAGGACGACACCCAGAGUUCCUGUCACAACGAGAGUGACCUCCAGAGCCACGUCAACUGAGAGCAGCUACACCAAGACACAGCAUGACGACCUGGUCAGGGCUGACAUCUACUACACCGGUGGAGCCGGUAACAACAGCCACUACAGUCGAAGACAGCGAUACAACCACGGCAGGUCCCCACCUGAUCACCACAUCCACUCCGGCAGUACCCGUUUCUACGGCAACAACACACACAGCAUCUACAGACAUUCCAACCACAACCGCCCGGGACUCAUCUCAGACAACUCCGAUGUCACCCCUCCGUAUGCGGAGAUUGUUGAUGAAUGCACAAAGUACAUCUGUGUCAACAACCAGCUGAUCCUGUUCAACAAAUCUCUGAGCUGCCCCUUCACUGCCGACCCGCCGAACUGCGGCCUGCUGGGCUUUGCUGUCCUGGUCAAUGGAGACAAGUGCUGCCCUCAGUGGGACUGUCCAUGUCGAUGUACGGUGUUCCCUGAUCUGAAUGUGAUCACCUUUGAUGGAAACAGCGUCGCCGUUUACAAGGCAGCUUCUUACAUCGUGACCCAGCUGCCCAAUGAGACCGUCAGCAUCCUGGUUCAGGAGUGUCCUGCUGACUCCGAGUCACCACUCCUCUGGAAUUUCACAAACCUCUGUCUGGUGGCGCUCAACAUCACCCACAAAUCCAACCACAUUGUGAUCAACAGACUGCAGAGGAGGCUGUACGUCAACACUCGCUAUGCCAAACCUCGAUUCAGAAAGUACGGCUUUGAAAUCUACGACACGGGGAACAUGUACCUGAUCCGCAGUCCGUCCGGCCUCAAGCUGCAGUGGUACCACAGCACGGGCAUGAUGGUGAUCGACACGGACAGCUACACCAACAAGCUCCCCACCAUGGGCCUCUGCGGCUUCUGUGACGGAGACCCGACAAACGACCUGACCAUGGCGAAUGGCACAACGGUGGGAGGAGGCGAGGACCCGGCUCUGUUCAUCGACAGCUGGCAGGUUCCCAACACCACCAGCUACAUCAGCCACAGCCGCCGCCGUGAGCUCAACUGCUCCACCAGCGACUGCUCCACCUGCCUGGCCAUGCUGGAGAAGCGGGCCUUCAUGCCCUGCCACGCCUUCGUCCCACCAAGCACGUUUUGUGAGGUUUGGGUCCGAGAUGCAGAGUAUGUGAACAACCAAUGUGUGGCGCUGGCUGCUUAUGUUGCUUUAUGCCACAAAUUCAAUAUCUGCCUUGAGUGGAGGAGUCCAGACUACUGCCCCUUCGUGUGUCCGGACAGCCUGCGGUAUCAGGCCUGCCUCCCGGCCUGCACGUCUCAGUCCUGUCCCAACCACGAGUUCGAUUCCGACCCCGACCAGUGCUCGGGCCUGACUGAAGGCUGCGUGUGCCCUGAGGGAACACUCCUCCACCGGCCCUACUCCGCUCUCUGCAUCCCGCCUGAUAAAUGUGCUUGCACCGACAGCUCCGGCGUUCCUCGGUCGCACGGUGAGGUCUGGAAGGCCUCAAAAGACGCCUGCUGCAUGUACCGCUGCGAUAACGACACCAUCGUUCCCGUGGAGUACAACUGCUCCAGCAUGGCGGCGCCGGUGUGCAGCCGAGGAGGGGAGGUGAUCAUCGGCCUGGCCGACGACACCAGCUGCUGCCCUCGUAAAGUCUGCGUGUGUAACCAGACCCUGUGUGACCAGCUUCCUCCUGAGUGCAAAUAUGGAGAAAAGCUGGUGUCGUACUACAGACAGGACUCCUGCUGUCCGGACUACGUUUGUGAGUGUGAUCCGGAGCUCUGCGAGUCGGACGUUCCCUCCUGCAGAGACGACCAGACUCUGAUCGCCACCCGAGCCGACGGCAGCUGCUGUCUGGCCAACAUCUGCAUGUGUAAUCCCUGUAUGGAGACGCCUCCCGUCUGCCAGGACGGUGAAGUUCUGACUGUCGACAGCAACACGACGGAUCGAUGCUGCCCGGCCUACCAGUGUGUGUGUGAGCCUUACAGGUGUCCUCAGAUCAGCUGUCCUAUGGGGAUGUCGGUUGUGUCCACUUCCAGCCCGAGUCAUUGCUGUCCCAACCAAACAUGUGAGUGUUCCUGUGAAAAGAUCUCCUCCCCAAAAUGUGGUCUGGGAGAAGCUGCCCAGCUGGACAGAGCCUUUCUGUCCGACCCACAAAACCAGUGCGCGUGCAAGAGAUACAAGUGUGUGCGCGAGGCGGUGUGCGUGUUUGGCGAGCGCGGCGUGCUGCGGCCCGGUCAGACCCUGGUGGAGCACGGAGACGACGGCCUCUGUCACAGCCGGCAGUGCAGCCGCAGCCUGGACCCGGCGAGCGGCUUCCACCUGCUGCGCACCAACAGCAUCAACUGCUCCGCCCACUGCCAGCCAAACCAACUCUACAUUCCUCCUAAAGACCAGUCGACAUGCUGCGGUGUCUGUAAGAAUAUCUCCUGCCUGUACGAGCAUGAGAACGGGACCGCCGGUCUGUACAAGCCGGGAAAGUCCUGGGUGUCGAACUGCAUGAAGUUUGACUGCGCCGACACGCUAUCAGGCCCCACGCUCAUCUCCUACUCCUUCAGCUGCCCCCCCUUCAAUGAAACCGAGUGCACGAAGAUCGGUGGAACUGUCGUAAGUUACAUGGAUGGAUGCUGCAGGACGUGUACUGGAUUCCCUCUGUUCCCUUUCCCCGUUAGCCCCUUGACUCCCACAGUUAACACUAACUGUGAAAGAGGUAAAGAAGAUGGAAAGUCCUGUCAGAAGGUGACAGUCAGAAUGACCAUCAGGAAGAACGACUGUCGCAGCAACAGACCGGUGAACAUCGUGUCCUGUGAUGGGAAGUGUCCGUCCGCCAGCAUCUACAACUACAACAUCAACACGUACGCGCGCUUCUGCAAGUGCUGCCGGGAGACGGGGCUGCAGCGGCGCUCCGUGCAACUCUACUGCAGCAGCAACGCAACCUGGGUCAGCUACACCAUCCAGGAGCCCACCGACUGCUCCUGCCAGUGGUCCUAA